CAUUCCUCAUGCUUCUCAGCUCUCACAACCAACUUUCAUACAUCCACACAGCACUUUUCAUUAAUCUCUUUGAUCGAAUCCAUCUGAGAUGGAGUUUUUAGCUUUGGCUCUUGCCUUCAUGGCAACUUUAGCUCUCUUUUUGAUCUCGAAACUAACAUUAUCAUGGUGGGUUUUGCCUUUUCUAACCCAUCAAAAGCUCAAGAGAUGUGGAUUCACUGGGCCAGUCCCAAGCUUUCCAUUCGGAAAUAUUGAUGAGAUGAAGAAGACUACGACGACGACGAUGAUAACGAAGAAUAAUAUCAAUACUUCUGAUUAUCUUGACUGUUCCUCCUGCUGUCUCUCCCAUGAUAUUCACCAAACCGUGUUUCCUUAUUUCUCUCGCUGGCAAAAUUCUCACGGGAAGGUGUUCGUGUACUGGUUAGGAACAGAGCCAUUUUUGUACAUAGCAGAGCCAGAAUUUUUGAAGAAGAUGUCGAAGGAGGUGAUGGCCAAGAGAUGGGGAAAGCCAAGCGUGUUCAGAAACGACAGAGAUCCAAUGUUCGGAAAUGGUCUCGUCAUGGUCGAAGGCAACGACUGGGUUCGUCACCGCCACGUUGUUGCUCCAGCAUUCUCUCCCCUUAACUUGAAGGCCAUGGCAAGCAUGAUGGUGGAAUCUACAAAGCAAAUGGUAGAGAGAUGGGCUAACCAGAUCUCCAACGGCAACCUGGAAAUCGACGUCGAAAGCGAGAUCAUUGCGACGGCCGGAGAGAUCAUAGCAAGAACAAGCUUCGGCAUGAAGGACGAAAAUGCAAGAGAAGUGUUUAAGAAAUUAAGAGCCCUCCAAAUGACCCUUUUCAUGACGACCAGAUACGUGGGUGUUCCAUUUGGCAAGUGUUUGAACGUCAAGAAAACCCUAGAAGCCAAGAAACUAGGCAAAGAAAUCGACAGAGUCUUACUAGCUGUCAUCAAAAACCGAAAGUCGUCCUCCUCAUCAUCAUCAACAAGCACUGUGUCGAAUAAGAAACACGAGCAAGACUUGCUGGGACUCUUGCUUCAAGAAAAUCAACACACCUUGACGACAAGAGAACUUGUUGAUGAGUGUAAAACCUUCUUCUUCGGAGGACACGAGACAACAGCACUUGCUAUCACAUGGACUUUGUUGCUUCUCGCCGAGCAUCAAGAUUGGCAGAUUCAGUUGAGACACGAAAUAAGAGAAGUUGUGGGUGAUGACAUUGACGAUCUUGACAUCAACUUGCUUUCUGAGCUGAAAAAGAUGAAAUGGGUGAUGAAUGAAGUUCUGAGACUAUACCCACCAGCCCCAAACGUUCAAAGGCAAGCAAGAGAAGACAUCAAAGUGGGCGAUAACCUAACGGUGCCGGAUGGAACCAACCUGUGGAUCGACGUGGUGGCGAUGCACCACGACCCGGCCCUAUGGGGUUCGGACGUGAAUGAGUUCCGGCCGGAGAGGUUCAAGGAUGACGUCAACGGCGGGUGCAGGCACACCAUGGGGUACUUGCCAUUUGGGUUCGGAGGAAGAAUGUGUGUGGGAAGAAACCUAACGUUCAUGGAAUAUAAGAUAGUGUUGACCCUACUUCUCUCUAGGUUUAGCUUUGAAGUAUCACCUCGUUACCACCAUUCUCCUUCUAUCAUGCUCUCCUUGAGGCCCUCUCGUGGACUUCCUCUCGUUGUGAAGCCUCUUCACAAAUAUUGAUUCAUGUAUUAUUAAUUGAUACAGUUGCAUAACUAGCUAGAUUAUGCAGAUUAAUAAUUUAGGUCGCGACCUACUAUAUGAAUAUAUAUUAAUUCUUUUUUGAUUCACUUCUUUUUGCUCAACAUAGUGCAAAGCAAUGUUUAUGCAGAUAUGUA